AGAUAAUUUGUCUCACUUGAGUCAUUACCCAAUUAGUUAAGAACUCUUCACUCACUUUCCCUAUAAGAAGCCAGAUUCCUUCACUUGUAUAACGCCAUCAUCAACACAAUUCACAAUCAUCAUCACAAUCAUCAUCAUCUAAGCAGAUGGCGCCGGUGAAGAGGAGGGUGUUUAAGACAAAGAAAGAAAUGGCGGUGGAACUGGCCAAAUACACGGCGGAUCUCUCCUCCAAAUUCUGCAAAGAAAGAGGAAUUUUCACCGUUGUUUUCUCCGGCGGCGACCUCAUCUCCUGGCUCUGGAAAUUGUUGGAACCUCCUUAUAUUGAUUCAAUUGAGUGGUCCAAGUGGCACAUCUUUUGGGUGGACGAGAGGGUUUGUGGUUGGGAUGAUGCAGAUAGCAACUACAAACUCGCCUACGACGAGUUUCUCUCCAAGGUUCCUAUACCGGCCGAGAACAUCUAUGCCAUCGACAACGGGCUCGGGGCUGAAGGCAACGCCGAGCUUGCAGCCGAACGGUACGAGGAGUGCCUCAAAGAUAAGGUGAACCAAAACAUAAUCCGAACAUACAAAUCCUCCGGUUUCCCACAAUUUGAUCUCCAGCUUCUAGGAAUGGGACCGGACGGUCACAUGGCGUCUCUAUUCCCGGGACAUGACCAGAUCAAUGAGAAAGUGAAAUGGGUUACAUACAUAACCGAUUCUCCUAAACCCCCAUCAAAAAGGAUCACUUUUACUUUAACGGUUAUCAAUUGUGCUUCAUACAAUGUUAUGGCCGUGUGUGAUAAAGAACAAGCUGAUUCGGUUGAGGCUGCUCUUAACCAUACCAAAGACGUACCAGCCGGAAGACUAACCGCGGAUGAUGAAGUGGUCUGGUUCCUUGACCAAGCAGCUGCGUCUAAACUCCCUCAUGGCUGGUGCUCUAUCCUUUGAUUUAAGGGAAGGGCUUUAUGUUUUUGUCUCACUGAAUCGGUUUGGUUUGGUUCGUUUGUAAACCGCAUCGUGCUAUUACUUGUUAUGUUUGUGUACCAUAUCAUAUGGUUAUCCAUCCUCUUGUUUUUCAUAAUAAUUGGUGGAGGAUAAUUACCAACAUGUUGAAUUAGGAAAAAAAUUAAGAAAACAAAUAAAUCCCAUCUACGAA